UGUCACUGUUCUGCAGAAUCGAUAAAAACAAUUUCGAGUGUUGGUCAUCUUUUAAGAAAGAGAAAAUCGUAGCCAUAGAUUCCUAAUCCCUUCUCACUCAGCUCUCUCUCUCUCUCUCUGAUCUAUCUCCUUCGUAAAAAAAACCCUUUGAGGGGGUUUGAGAGGGUUUUUGGGUUUUUUGUUUCGCAAGUACUCUGCUCUUCUACUGCUGUGUUCGUCCUCAUGAGGGUUUUUGCUUUGUGUUAGGAAAAACAAGAAGGGGUUUUUCUUCUUCUUCUGGUCUUGGUUCUUUCGUGGAGGAAGAAACUGAGAGUGAAAGGUGGUUGAGUUGUGGAUUUAUGUCGGCUGAUUCCGUAUUUGAUUUGGUAGUGAUUGGGGCUCCUUUGAAGAAGCUCUGUCUCGCUGUUAUUUUUUGCUGCAUGAUUUUGAUUGGGUUCUUACAGAGACUGGUGAACUUUGUUUCGAUGCGUUUGAGACCAAGGAGGACUUGGUCUGCUAAAGGGUGUUCUUCAGUAGAGUGUUUCGGAACUUUUUUCUUAAAACAAUUUUCUACAAUUUUCUUGUUCUUAAGAGGGGGUUUCACUUGAUCUUGAGUUUUUGGUUUUUUUUGUUUUAUAUAUUUUUUUAGAGAGUUAGAACACCUGAUUUUUCCGAAGAUGCCAGAGCCUCGGAAGCAGUCGUCGAAAUCCAUGAGAAAAAUUCGUGUAAUCUGUUCAGAUCCUUACGCUACGGACUCAUCUUCAAGCGAAGAUGAAGGGUUCAGUCGAAAAGCUUCAAAAAAAUGCAAGCGAAUCGUUCGAGAGAUCCAAGUUCCUCUCUUCCCUAAACCCACUAAAACCCUCGAAUCUGAAAGCUCAGUUCAAGACAGUAACUAUGGUGUUGGUGGAAAAACCCUCAACCCCAAGAGAAGGGUUUUGGCUAAAACCACCUCUGGGACUAAAAAACCUUCGUCUUCUCCAUACAGGGGUGUUCGCCAGAGGAAAUGGGGCAAAUGGGCAGCUGAAAUCAGAGACCCUUUUAAAGGUGCUCGUCUCUGGUUGGGAACAUACAACACACCUGAAGAGGCUUCCAAGGCCUACGAAGCUAAGAGGCUCGAGUUCGAAGCCAUGGCCGCUACUACGGCUCCCACCGUGAAAUUCAACAGCUCAUCUUCUUCGGCCUCUGUUUCGGCUUCGGCCUCAGCUUCAGCCGUUGUAUCUGCUUCUUCAGAGGACUCUGAAAGUGUCGUGUCUCACAAUUCGCCGUCAUCUGUCCUAGAAUUGGAGACUUCGGUCUCUGAUUCCAAGCCUGAUGCCUGUACUGAUACGACUGGGAAAAAUCCUAAUAUAUCUGAAGACGAAACUCCUGACUUGGGAUUCAUGGAUGAGGUUCUGGCUUCUUUUCCUCCGUUCGAGCAAGACAUGAGCUUUGGACCCGAGCUUGAUACCCUUUUCUUAGACGACAUUGAUGAUCUUCUUAAUGGUUUCAACAACAUAGACGACAUUCAGAUUUUCGGAGUAGAUGACAAAGAUUCCAGUAAUCUCCCUGAUUGUGAUUUUGAUGAUCUUGGGAAAGAUGACAUUUCAUUCUGGAUGGAAGGAGCUCUCAAUAUACCUUGCUUAUAAAGCCCUUUCGUUUUUGUUCUUAUCAAGUUAAAUAUAAGUUUUGUUUACUUUUGUUUAUUCAGGAGCUGUAAAAGUAGAGUUCUUGAGCGAGUGUUUAUGUGAGUGAGCUUUUGUUUUAGUUGUUAAUGGCGGAGUUAGUAGAUUGUGAGGAAUGAGUCCCAACAAUCAUGUAAUCCUUCUGGAAAAAAAAAGAGUGCCUCUUGGGUUUUCCUGUGCUAUAAGAGCCGUCCAAGGGGUCACUCUUAACAUCUUCAUCAAUGGGUCUCAGAGUUUUUGCUCAUUUCCUCAAAUCUCUUUAUCGUAAUUAAAUGAAGAUAAUAGUUACUUUAUCA